AUGAUCAAUUGCUGUAGUGUAUACCUAACAUUGAUGUGGCAUGCUGUUGCUGCAUGGACAUGGGAUGCACAGGACGAAACAUGUGGCAUUUGUAGGAUGGCAUUUGAUGGUUGUUGUCCUGAUUGUAAGCUCCCUGGGGAUGAUUGCCCACUAAUUUGGGGUGCAUGCAACCAUGCAUUUCAUCUUCAUUGCAUCCUAAAAUGGGUAAAUUCACAGACUUCUCAAGCGCAUUGCCCCAUGUGCCGGAGGGAGUGGCAGUUCAAAGGAUGAGAGAAAAAUUGGGAUCCCCUUUAUGGAAUUCCUUCCCCCUUUUCUCUCUGUCUUGAUGUGCACGGAUUGCCAGUGCAGUUGCAAAUGUUAGGUCGUGUAUAUCUGGUUAUCUAUGCUGAGGCAACUCCUCAAGGUUUCAGUUGUCAGUCAUUUGAUGUAUUCCCUCCAAGUCUCGUGUAGUAUACCUCUCUAUUGAACUAUAAAUGACUAUAAGUGAUCCUUUUUUCUUCUUCUUGGGUUUAUGUGGUAUCAGAACCCAUAUACCUAGAAGGUUAUUAUAAACUUUGCAUUUGAUUAAGGGCUUUCUUGUGGAUUAA